AGACGGGGCGGGCCUCCCGUCGCCCCACCCCAGGCCUCUGGCCCUGCUGGCGGGGUCGGGUGGGGGCUGGAGGGCAACCCGCGCGGCCUCUCCCGGGGCCGCCCAGGCGCUGCGCUGAGUUGCUCUGCCCGCGAGUCUCUUGCGUUGAGAGGCAGCCUUUAUUUUGUAUGCUUCCGAGCCUCAGAAGGCAGGAGGCCAAAGGUCUCCUUGCUCAGCAGUUUCUUGGGGUUGUUCUGGUACCUGAUCGGGAUGAUUGAAGUGGUUUGCAACGAUCGGCUGGGCAAGAAAGUGAGAGUGAAGUGCAACUCUGACGACACCAUUAGGGACUUGAAAAAGCUCAUUGCUGCGCAGACUGGCACACGGUGGGACAAGAUUGUGUUGAAGAAAUGGUAUACAAUUUUCAAGGACCAUGUUUCAUUGGCAGACUAUGAAAUUCAUGAUGGCAUGAACCUAGAACUAUAUUAUCAGUAGUUUCGUUGUGGCAGGUGCUGCCUUUUCUCUGUCUGUUUUUUUUCAUUCUUCGUUUCUCAUUUGACAAACUCUUGAGUAUUUGGUUGCAUGAGGUUUAGUUAAGAGUAUUUUAUCCCUGAGCGCAAUAUACCACGAAUGAAUACCAGGAAACUUGUAUUCAGACUGUCUUUUAUUGUUUUGGUUUUUAAAAAAUCUUUAUAAUAAACGUGACCCGAUAUGUGUGACCUGA